AUGCAAAGUACAUCAGCCUCGCCAUGCAACAGCAACUUUUCAGACUUGCGCACCCUGAAAUGUUCCGCGAAUCGCAUCUCCUGGAGAAUCAGUGUACUCUCGUCGACAUUGGUAGAUCCGCUUUGCCAGUUCCCCACACGAAACGUUCUGGAAGGCUGCCCCCAGGGUACCGUCGUUGUAGGGAAGAACGCAACCCAUGGACACUUUAGCACGAUCCAGAGCGCAAUUCGCUCCCUACCCAACGACACGACGACGUCUAAUAUCCUCAUUCUCGCCGGAAGCUACACCGAACAACUCAACGUCACCAGAAGAGCACCAGUAAGACUCAUCGGUCAGACCAGCAAUCCACAGGAGCAGUCCAAAAAUCUAGUAACCGUCUCCUGGGCGUCAGCAAAUGGAGCCGGAUCUGGUUUCGAUGACAAUGCGUAUACAUCUGUGUUGACUGUCGCGCCAAACCUCAACGCUAGCCUUACGGGCUCUGGACCUACAGGCUUCAAUGUGCCUCCGGAUACUCCGUUUGGUUGCCCUGACUUUCGAGUCUACAACCUCGACUUCCGCAAUGUUCAUGCUGAGCAGAGCGCUGGUGCAUCCCUCGCAGUGAGCAUAAGUCGUGCGAAUGCCGGUUUUUACCAGUGCGGUAUCUAUUCUUAUCAAGAUACAGUCUACGUGGGUCAUCAAGGCAACUCAUACUUCUAUGGUGGAGAGAUUGCUGGGCAAACAGACUUCUUAUAUGGCUUUGGGACCACAUGGAUCGAGAAAUCCAAACUUGUCUUACGCGGAUGUAGUGGUGGUAUCAUCGCCUGGAAAGGCUCCAACACAACUUUUCCCAACAAAUAUGGAUGCUACGUCGCCCAUUCAUCACUGAAAGCAGCCAAAUCCACAGUUGCAGCCAAGAAUCUGGGCAGAUGCUCGUUGGGAAGACCUUGGAACGCUCUCCAUCGAAGUGUAUACAUGGAGUCUUCUAUGGAUGCUACUAUCUUACCGCAAGGCUACACCAAGUGGAGUAGUGACCCUGCGAAGGCGAACUACAAUGACCUCACUGUCAUGGCCGAGUACUCGAACCAUGGCCCUGGAUGGAAUGUGACGGCCCGAAACGCUGGUAAUGUCACCCUUGUUCUGAACAAGGCCGGGUCGUUGCCUUACUAUAGCCCCGCUCACGUCUUUAUGACCACUAAAGGCAAGCAGCCGCAUGUUGCGUGGAUUGAUAGGAGAUUCUAUCCGUAUUAA